AACACAAGCUUAAUUGCUAUGUGUUUUAUAACGAUAUUCAAACUAGGGUUUAUAACGGUCCUGAAAAAUUGAAUGUGAAAACAUUACAGCAACUGCUUCGUUCCCUAAUUUUAACCUUUUCAAUUUUGCAAGUUUGCAAUUUGUUAUGUAUGUCAUGAUUUAUAUUCUAAGAUAUCUUCGUACGGGUACAGAAAAAGACACUAAAACAAUAGAGGUAUUUGUACGAAAUAGCACCAAACUUUUUGGAUAAGAAGUCUUUCUUGUUCUUAAUGAUAAUUGAAUUGUAUACAUGGUAUUUAUAUAUGUGCCAUUGGAGUGAAACUAAAGUUUACCAAUCACAUAUAGCGCCUUACAUGUACCACAAUAUUAUGAUAAACUAUGGAUUUGUUUGAACAUGGAAGAUGUAAAUUGAAGUGUUACAUACUAUGCUUAUAUUAUAAAAAGAUAUUCGAAAAGGGAAGUGUUAAUAUACAAACAAUUCAUGUGUAGUAACAAAUAAGUAUUUAGACUAAUAAAAUAAACAUUUGUUUAAACAAUAAGUAAAUAAAUUUUUUAGAAUAAUGGAUAGAUGGAUGGAGGAAUUGGGUUAAUAAUUGAUUUGGAUGUAAUUUGGGUUGGUCGAUAAAAAUGGAUUGAUGAAAAUAUUUAUAGCACAAUUGAUGGUAAGAAAUUAAGGCAUGGAGAAAAGAAGAAAUAUGGUUUGUUACCUGACUCUAUAGAUAGACGGACGGCUGAAUUGGUGGCAUUUGUAAUUUUUAUGAUGAUAGUAAUAAAUAACAAUGGUGAUAAGUAUAAUAAUGAUAAAAUCUCAUAACGAUUAUAAUAAUUUAAAGAAACCGGUAAAAAGUUAUCACUUUUAUAAUAAAAAAACCUGCAUUGAUAAAUAAAGGUGCUGGCUCCUUGCUCUGUUGCUUAGCAAUGUAACUUUCUUGAUUUCGUUUCUAAGGAUGUUUUUAAAGUCUAUAAGCGCUUUUUAUCAGCUCGAAUUAACUUGAUGGCAUAAAACAUACAGUGUAUCACAAAAUAUAAACUAACAGAACGAAAACUGUAUAAGAUUUUCAGCUAUUACCAACAUUAUAACCAGAUGGUUCAAGACACUAACAGAGGAGUUCAGUCGAGAACUAAAACACGAAUAAAAGUGAAUCGGCUUUUCUUUGUGAUUGGACUAUUAGUAUUAGUAUGUAUUUUUGAUGUUGUUCAUCAACGUAAAACGUUUAUGAUGCAGAUGAAAAGUAACAAAAGUAGAUGUGAAAAGGUGAUCGACGAAAUGAAUUUAUUUCAAAUACCUGAUGAGGACAUCAUAGACAAAAUGGACAACAAUGCUUUGUAUUUAUUGUUUGACACGUAUGUUAAUCUACAACAAUACCACUGCUGCAAUUUAACCAGACAAGGUCCGAAACAGUCAUCAGGAAAAAAUAUAUGUGAAGAUUAUUUUUUCAAACCAGGAUCAAAAUGCAUAGUUUACUCUUUUGGGUCCCAGUUAAAUUUCGACUUCGAAGAAAGUAUCUGGAGAUCUUUCAAGUGUGAAAUCCACACGUUUGAUCCAAGCAUGCCAGUUGAGGGGAAGACAUUACCAACGUUUAUAGAUUAUCAUCUAAUUGGUCUGUCCGGGAAAAAUUUUAUUCAAACGGAACCAGAAAAAUGGAGACACCACGAUAAUCCUUUGCUGAAAACAUGGAAAAUGCAAACCCUUUCAUCAAUCAUGGACACGCUUAACCAUUCAGUAACGACAAUUGACAUUUUGAAAAUAGACAUUGAAGGAUGGGAAUGGAACGCACUCCCUGAUAUGAUAAAGACAGACAUUCUACGUCAUGUGAAACAACUCUGUAUUGAACUUCACUUUGGAUAUAGCUUCAAGUAUCAAACAACAAAUGGACGUAUUAAACCAGUUUUUACUAAAAAUACGUGGGGAAAUGUUCCAAUAAAGAAUCAAAUAAAGCUUUUGAAGCAGUUAUUCAAUAACAGCUUUCGAAUAGUAAGAAAUGAACCAUUGAAUUGGGGGACAAUAAAAAUUGAAAACAAGGUUAUAAGAAUUCUAAAUGAAUAAACACUUAUAAAUCUAAGAUUUUUGCCCUGAAAUGGUCUAAAUUUGGUAUACAAAGUCAAAAAUUGUUUGUUAGAGAAGAUAUCGGAAGUUUUAAGUUCUUGAAUAAUUUAAUUUGGGUUCCAUUUAAAUCAUGUAAAUGGUAUAUUUUCAUAAAGUCAAAAUAGCUAUGAACCAUAUAAUAUUAUCAUUGUUCAUUUUGAUUUAUACUGCAAUUUAUUUACCUAAAUAUGAUAAAGAUACAUACAACUUACGAAAUAUUGUGAUUGUUAUUGACCUUUUGACUACGUUCCUUGAAUCAAGCGAAUUGCGAUUGCGAUAAUGUCAAACUUGAGGUGUGCUGCUGUAGUGAAAAACGGCCAACACUUUUCAUUCCAACAUCGAAAAUGGAUUCCGAGAGGUCUAUUAUUUAGCGAAUUUCACAUUUAAGUUACUUUUAUGGCCUUUAGUAAAUAUGUAGGGAAUGAGAAGCAAAAGUUUCCUCAACGAUCAAUGAAAGUCGAUUUGAUUGAUAUUUACGAUUCAAAUACGAAUCAAAAUGAACAAUGAUAAUAUUAAUAUAUUGUUUCGACAAUGGAUACAGUAAAUUUGAAACUGUUAGAAAAAUAUAUCCUGAAAGAAAACUAAAUGAAAUAUAUUAUUUUCAUUACUUUUGCAUUUUUCAAAAUCAUUAUGUCAUUAGGUUUUAUGCGUCAAUAGCCAUGGCGUCAGUAAAUACAUUUUUAACACAGUGACUUAUUUAUAUAACAAAGAUUUUAGCAAAGAUAUUUUAUUACAACAACAAAUGAUUGACGUAAAGAGAAAGACAUGUAAGUAUACUUAUUUAAGAUGCUUUAUUAUUCCGGUACGGUUAAUAUAACUAAAACUCAUCUUUCGAUCAUAGUGGAGGCUGUAAAGUAUAAUUCUGAAAUAUAUCAUUGUUAAUAUCAAAAUGGUCUUAAUAUUUCAGUGAUCUAUUGUAUAUUGGUUUAAAUAUUUAAGGUAAAUACACAAUAUGUGUCCGAGUUUCAAGGCAGUAAAAACUCAAAUAAGUUAAUGCUGUUACGGAUACAGAUUAAAGAGGGAUGUGAUAAAAUUAUAGAUCAAACAAGACGUUGAAAGAGAUUAUAAAAGUUUUCCUUCGAGCGUAUUUGUGAAGGUUUAAGAUCUAAAUUGCAAGCAACACUAACACAUUGUGGGAGUAUACAGCAACUAUAUGAUUGGACACGAAAGACUUAUUGCAAAAUUUAAACAAUUCAAUGUCUGGGCUAGUAAGCAUUUUAUUUCAAAAUUUUAAUGAGGCAUUGCAUUUCAUCUAAAAUAUGUUUUACCCUUUCUGAAAUUAGAUUGUUGAAUCUCUAAUUUAUGUAUCAAUAUUUACACUGUUUAAUAUAGACAAUAUUACUGUAAGUAAUUCAUGGUCUUUGUAGUAUAUCACUACAUUCACGUUCCCCACAGAAUUCUGACAAUACCACACCGCAUUAUAUUUUGAAAUACAAAUGUAUAAAGAAAAAAUCGACACAAUGUAUAAGGCAUUCUGAAUUCACAUUAGAAAUGAUUCACCGAUGAAAUAAACAAACUAAAGAUGUGACGUAGUUUAACGAUUGAUUAAUUACAAUUCUUGGUGAAAAUGUUAAACCAACGAAGUUUAAGCUUGAUAAAAGUUAUAUGUUCAUUUCGCUAUUCGAUCAUAAAUGAGGAUUCAAAGUAUAAUUCUGAAAGAUGUUAUUUUUAAUAUGGCCUUUAUGGACGGUCUUUAUAUCUAAGUGACAUAUUGUUCAAAUACAUAAUAUGUGUCCAGGUUUCAAGGCAGUACAAAAUCAAGAAAGUUAUUGCUGUAAUGGAUAUAGAUUUUAGAGGGACAAGAUAAAAAAAAGCGAUAACCCAAGGUAUUUGGAAAAGAUUAAAAAUGUUUUUGAGAGCCUAAGUGUGAAGGUAUAACAUCCAGAUUACAAGCAACACCAACACGUUGUGGUACAUGUUGUUAAUAGCAACUACUAUAUGAUAAGACAAAUGAAAGAUUCAAACAGUUUAUUUUUAUGAGCUAGUUAGCUUUUAAUAUAAUCAUUUCAAUAUGACAUUUUAUGUUUAACCCUUUCCGAUAUUAGAUUGUUGAAUCUCUAUUUAACUUCAAUAUUUAUAUUGUUUAAUAUAAACAAUUAGUAAAUAUUGAUCUUUGUAGUAAAUCACCUCUAUCACGUCCCCUUUAUAAUUAUGACAAUACAAUACCGCA